CUGAGGGGUCUGCGCCGUGGGCAAGGAGCAGAGAGGCCACCGCGGCGCCCCCACCGCCGGCACAAGCGUGCAUGAGCGCGGUGCGCCCUAGGCGAUCUGCGAUGUUGGGGUCCGCGCCUUGCUCCAGAAGAAAAGACGUAUUCAUUGGUGGUACUGGAGAGAAGCAGUGCAGGACUGAAGGGAAGGCUGGAGUAAUGGAGGAGUGGCCAAAUGUGAAGACAGAGUCACCGAAGGACUGAUCCUAAGGAGCAGGUUUCAUAGAAGUUCAUUUCUGUGGAAGCUCCCUCAACAGAGUGCUUUGCGCGUGGAGAACUCACCCAAGCCUGAGUUCCAGCUAACUCCCUCCCUCCUUCCCCUCCGAGGCUUCAAGUGGGCGGGCCUCCCUCCCCGGCUUCUCCUAGAUUGGUCAGGAGAACCCACCAAUGGGGAGCUCUGGGAGGCGGACCUAGAACGCCACCAGAUUGAGGAAGACAAGCAAAUUUCAAGUUGGCUGCGGCGUGGGCUCCGUGGGGAAGGGGCAGCAGGUUUUCUCACUGGAUCUCUGAAUCCUCAGGCCUCCUCCACCAUGGCCAGCCGGAGUGGGGGCCGGGGUCGUGGCCGGGGCCAGUUGACCUUCAACAUGGAGGCUGUGGGCAUUGGGAAGGGGGAUGCCUUGCCCCCACCCACCCUGCAGCCUUCGCCACUCUUCCCUCCCUUGGAGUUCCGCCCAGUGCCUCUGCCCUCAGGAGAGGAAGGGGAAUAUGUCCUGGCACUGAAGCAGGAGCUACGAGGGGCCAUGAGGCAGCUCCCCUACUUCAUCCGGCCUGCUGUCCCCAAAAGAGAUGUGGAACGUUACUCAGACAAGUAUCAGAUGUCAGGGCCAGUUGACAGUGCCAUCGACUGGAACCCCGAUUGGCGACGUCUACCCAGGGAGCUAAAGAUCCGAGUGCGGAAGAUACAGAAGGAACGGACCACCAUUCUACUUCCCAAGAGGCCCCUUAAGACCACAGAGGAUAAGGAGGAAACAAUACAGAAACUAGAGACCCUGGAGAAGAAGGAGGAAGAAGUAACUUCAGAGGAAGACGAAGAGAAAGAAGAAGAAGAAGAGAAAGAAGAGGAAGAGGAAGAGGAGUAUGACGAAGAAGAGCAUGAAGAGGAAACUGAUUACAUCAUGUCAUAUUUUGACAAUGGAGAGGACUUUGGGGGUGACAGUGAUGACAAUAUGGAUGAGGCUAUAUACUGAAGAAGGACCCUGAACAAUACCUUGGACCCUCAUAUCUUUCUUGAUUUAGGGUACAGAGAGUAACUCCUCCCUACUAUUUGGUUUUGUGAAUAAUCAAAUCAUUUGAUCAGAAUCCAGAUAACUUAUUUGGUCCCUGGAGAUACGAAUAGAGAGUGGCAACUGAUAGCUCUCUUUUCCACCUUUCCCCUCCCUCUUUCCUCUGAAACUGUAUCGCCUGUGAUAUCUUGGGGGAAGGAAGGGCAAAGCACCAGUGUCUUGACUGUAUGAAAAGGGGAAAGGAGGGUCCUUUCCUCCUGGAGUCCUUAGAGCCGAGACAGCUGUGCGCAUGCCCCUACCCAUUUUUUACAGUUCUUUUUGGAGGUAAUUGGGGGUGGGAACAGUUAGGAGCAGUCAGACCAGUUUUAUAUUUUUAAGUAAAAUGUUUUUAUCUGUCUCUGUCCAGGGCGAGGCCCAGUGGGAGAGGGCUGGAGGAAUGAAGGGGAUGCCCAGUGAGCUGUUCUUCUCUCCUUACCUGUGAAGAGUCCUGUGUGACACACUGGGGGUUUCAGCCUUCCUGUCCUUUGUACCUUCUUGCCACCCCCUGUGGUGGGACACCUACUCCCAAUCUAGCUCUGCCAGGGAACAUUCAGGAACUCAUCCUAAGGGCUGUGCAGAGUGAGUUGUAAACAGCCCACCCCCUGCAGAGCAGCUGGCUUUUGAGCUUCUGGUCCUCAAGCAAUGGGGACGUGAUUAUCUCUGUUCACAUGUGUUUACAGGGACACGGGCCCUCGCUUUCCCACACUUGACCUUGCUCUUGUCCUUGUUUACAAGGAGCGAUUAUAGCUAUUUUUGUGGGGAGAGUCAAGAAGGCCAGGUGGGAGGAGGGAGUCGGGAGGAGGUGCUGAUUCUUCUGCACACCCACUCACCCUCUUCCAGGCCCUGGAGACCCCACUUUGAAAAGUGUUUCUGUGAAGAGGGAGCCCUCUAAAUAUCCUUCUCUCCACUUCUGGAAUCUGCUAUGUGGCUGAACUGCAAUUUCUCUUUUGGUCAGCCUUUCUCUCCCUUCUUUGGGGGAGGGGUGGGGGAGGGUAGGCAGUGUUGCUUUACAGGAAGUAAGGGGGGGCAUGAGGAAGGCAAGGACUUAGGGACACUCAGCUCUGAGAGGUGCUUUCUCACCCACACAGUUCUCCCUUGGGUGAGGUCACUUCCCUAGGCUCUGAUUGGCUUCUGAGGAAGCCCUAGAUGAACUGAUUGGUUCCAGCCACUUGACAUGCAACAGUCACGGGCGAGCUGCGUGUCCAGAAUAGGGACUGGAUAAGGAAGCAGGCAUAGAUAGCUGAGAUGCUGUCAUAGCGACCUUACUAAACAUGUGAAAGCCAUAAAGAGAGGAUGUGGGAGAAUCAUCAAGAAAUUCCUCAACCAUAUUCAGACAGGCAGACUGAAUUCCCUACAGCAUCAAGUGAUAGAGGCUGGCAACCUAAUAUUAGAGAUUUUUGACCCCAUUGCAAAGAAUGAAUAGGGGCUGUGGCUCCAUUGAGGGAAAGCACCUUAAAAGCCUGAUUUGGGUGUGGUAGUAGGUUUUAAGUUUAAAGCAGCCAAGAGAACAGAGAAGGAAACAGGAAUAGAAACAGAACAUUCCAGAGUGAUUGAGCAAUUUGUGAUGAUUGAUGUUUCCUUUUCUAGUUUUCUGUGGUAUUGUGUCCGUGGAGGGGCCAGGGGACCUGUCACUGGGGUUUCCCAUAGUCACACUAUAGCCUCUGAUUGUGGCCAGGGAGAAAUCUGCAAGAAACAAAAAUAAAAGACACUGAAAAAUUUC